AUUUUUAAAAUACUGUGAAUUUAACCCUCUGGGUACCACGGUCCUCAUGAAAGUCAAGUACCACAGGGGUCCUUUUUGGACCCCAAAUAUUUUUUUCCAUUUUAAAUCUUGGGUUAUUGAAUAGGAAGUUGAAACUUGGUACUUUCACAUGUUUUUGAAUGCUAAUAAUGAAUUUUACCUUCAAGUUUACUCAUCUUUUAACUUAUGCCCAAAAAUAAAUAAAAGGUGCAACUUGUUUUUUCUUGUAUUUUCUGAAGAAACAAUAUUUUAAAACGGAGUUUACAAAGGUCAUACAGCAGAGAAAGUUAAAUUCUCGUAAAAGUGUUGGGUCCCAAAAGGACCCCAUGGUACUCGGAGGGUUAAUAACGAAAAUAUUAAUCAUAACUUCAUUUACAUUUUGUUAAAUAAUUUGCAGAUGGAGGAUAAUAUGGACGAAGAUCUUAAAUUAUUUAUUCAUACUUUUGAAUCCAUGCCCGAAUUGUGGAGCUCCACAGAUCCAAAUUACAUGAAAAAAAAUAAAAGGAUGGAAGCCUUAAAUAAAUUAUUGCCUUUGUACAAAAAAAUAAAACCUAACGCGGAAAUUUCCGAUGUCAGGAAAAAAAUAAAUACAUUAAGAUCAAAUUUUCGAAAAGAACUUAAGAAAAUUGAAUCUUCGAAAAGGUCUGGAUGUGGUACCGAAGACAUUUACACUCCGUCGUCAUGGGUAUUUUAUGCUCUUCAAUUUCUUGAUAAAAUCGAGCAGCCAUUCGAAACCCACUCGUCGAUUGAUGUGGAAAACGAGGAAGAGGAACAGGUAUGAUUUUGAUUGUUUGGUUUUUACCAUAAAUUUCAGUAUUAAAUUUUUUGAAAUAAAAAAUUAACAUUUGCAAAAGUAUUAUGACAAAUUAUUAUGUAAGAUUAAAAUAUGUACAAUAUUUAUCCCUUGUGGAUUUUGCGUCGCUUGCAUUCCUACUAUGUUCUUCACGAAGACUAGCCCCUACAUCUAUGCUUUCAAUUUCGUUU